AGGGAAUGAUAGUGGGUGUGCAGUGGCUUCUACUGGCAUCCCGUCGUCUCUUUAAUUUCUUUUGUUUGUAUAGUUUACUUGCUUCUUGCCAACUCCUUUUGAAUACAUGACAUUCUGUCUUAGAAUCUCAACUCUAAUUUGCCGCCUGGUAUAUUUUAUGUCUUAGAAUCUAAACUCAAAGAAGCUUAGCUAGUAGGUGUGCAAUGGCUUCCACUAGCAUACAAGCUACUCAAUCGUCUCUUUGAUUUCUCUUCUUGUUCUAAAAGAUGUAGUUUGCUUGCUUCUUGCAAAUCCGUUUGAAGCCAUGACAUUGUCUGUCAUAUAUAGAAUCUAAACUCAAACAAGCUAUGUAGUAAGUACUUACCAAUGGCAUCCACCAGCCUUCAAACUGUUCCAUCCUCUUUUACCUCCGCUUUUUCUAAACCCCAACCAGAAUAUGACGUUUUCCUCAGUUUUAGAGGAGAAGACACCCGUUGUAAGUUUACCGACCAUCUAUAUCAUGCUUUGGUUGAUAAAGAGAUUACCACUUUCAGGGAUGAUAAAGAACUUAAGAUGGGAGAGCCCAUUUCGCUGGAACUCUUGGAAGCAAUCGAGAAAUCAAGGAUUGCGGUCAUCAUUUUCUCUGAAAAUUAUGCUUCUUCCACAUGGUGCUUAGAAGAACUUGCAAAGAUUGUUGUAUGCAGAGAAAGAGGGAUAUUGAGAGUGUUGCCUAUUUUCUACCAUGUGGAACCUACUGAUGUGAGACAUCAGACGAACACUUUUAAAGGGGCCUUUACUGAACAUGAAAAGUGUUUCAAGGAGAACCCAGAGAAGGUGCAGAACUGGAGAGAUGCUUUAAGAAGCGUGGCCAAUCUCACUGGAAAGCUUUUAAAGGAUGGGGUUCAUGAGGCAGACUUUAUCCGAAGCAUUGUUCAAUGGAUAUAUUCGAAAUUGAAAGAGGAUAAGAAGCAGAAUGAAGGUCCUUUGGAAUCAACAUCGAAUCGUAAUGAGAAUGAGACUGAAAAUGAGAAUGAGAAUGAGAACGAUAUCGGGAUUGUUCGCGCAACGAAUGUGAUUCCAGUGUAUAGUUUUUUGCCGAGAGGGAAAUUGAGACGGAGUAUUAGUUCGUGGCAAAAGGGUGAGCUUCUUGGAAGUGCCUCUUUCGGAACCGUCUAUGAGGGCUACACUGAGGAUGGCUUCUUUUUUGCUGUAAAGGAGGUUUCGUUGCUGGAUCAAGGAAGCCAGGGCAAGCAGAACAUUUCCUACGUUGAGCAGGAGAUUUCACUUUUAAAGCAAUUUGAACAUGAGAAUAUAGUUCAGUAUCUUGGCACGGAAAAGGAUGAAAGUAGGAUUUAUAUCUUCCUUGAGCUCGUAACAAAAGGGUCACUUGCCAGUCUUUAUCAAAAGUAUCGCUUGAGGGAUUCUCAAGUCUCUGCUUACACAAGACAGAUUUUGAAUGGAUUGAAGUAUCUUCAUGAUAAGAAAGUGAUCCACAGGGACAUCAAAUGUUCUAAUAUAUUGGUGGAUGCAAGUGGAUCUGUAAAACUUGCAGAUUUUGGGUUGGCAAAGGUAACCAAAUUGAAUGAUAUUAAGUCUUGCAAAGGGACUCCAUUCUGGAUGGCACCUGAGGUUGUUAAUUUAAAGAACCGUUUCUACGGGCUUGCAGCUGAUAUAUGGAGCCUUGGAUGUACCGUGCUGGAGAUGUUAACGCGUCAACAUCCAUACUCUCACUUGGAAGGCAUGCAAGCAUUGUUUAUGAUUGGCAAGGGUGAACCUCCUCUAGUUCCUGAUUCCUUGUCAAGAGAUGCCCGAGAUUUCAUCCUCAAAUGCCUACAAGUUAACCCAAAUGAUCGGCCUACAGCAACUCAGCUAUUGGAUCAUCCAUUUGUGACUAGACCUCAAAAUUCCUUUGGACCUGCUUCUCCUCACAACAGCAUACAGUUAUAA